AUGCCUGCAAUUCAAGUAAAUGACUUGGCUAAUGCAAAUUCUAAUGAACCUAUAGAUGUGAUGGUGCUACAAUGCCUAAGAGCAAUAACAAAAUUAAGUAAACAUUUAGUGAAAGUUCCAGAAAUCAAUCUGCAUUCAGCUAUUGAUGUUCUGGUUGAAAAAUCUCCAGGCGACUUAUACCCACAAAGUGAUAUCGAAGUUUUACUAAGAUCAAAUGAGCUAUGUGGGGCUGUAGAAUAUCAAGAGAAGUAUUACGCUCCUCUAAAUAUUAUUCUCGAUGAGGAGGUUGUUUGGCCUAUGCCACGACGUAUUUUCCCGCCGAACUAA